CCCCAAGAUGUCAUCACAAUGAUUCUCGUACGGCUUCCGGUAAAAUCCCUAAUCCGAUUUCAAUGUGUGUCCAAAGAAUGGAAAAAUCUAUUCAAAACCCCAUCUUUCAUCGCAGAACACCUUCAGCACUCCACACACCAAAACCCUCUUCUUAUUUUUGAAGAUUUUGAUUUUUAUGAUCGUUUUCGCCUACGUUUGCUCAACCGUGAGAUGCGAGUCCGUGAUGUUCAGACCCAUCCCCGUAUCAAUUCUAGACACUCUUUUGUUUGGGCCGUCAAUUCUUGCAAUGGCUUGAUCUGUAUUGUUGGGUUGCUCCAUCGUACGCAAUCUCUUUCGAUUUUCCUGUGGAAUCCAGCGACUAGAAAGCUGAGAGAGGUGCCUGCUGGAGAUUAUGAUUUGUGGGUGAUUGUGUCUUUGUAUGUAGGAUUUGGAUUUAGCCCAACUCUUAAUGAUUACAAGAUAGUGAAAAUUCGUAUGAACAAUCUUUGGGUUAUUAAUGAAGUGGAAGUGUAUUCAUUAAAUAAAAGGAGAUGGAAGGAAGUAGAACUGGGAAGCUUAGAUGGUGUAGCUGUUACUUCGCAUGGCUUCACUUUUAAUGGAGCUAUCUUUUGGAUUGGAUCAAACCUUGGCGGCAGCAUCCUGGUCUCAUUUGACAUAGCAACAGAAGUGUUUACAUUGAUACCGAUGCCUCCUAUACGCCUUUGGGGUACUCGUACAUAUAGCCACAAACUUACAGUAUAUGAUAACAAGCUUGCUAUGCUAUUUCCUGAAGGAGAUUCGGUUCAUUUGUGGGUGAUGGAGGAGGAGAAAUAUGAGUGGAAAAAAUUGAGUCUAAUAGUUUAUUAA